CAGUAGAUCAAGCAUAUGCGAGACAGCAACGAGAAAAGCGUGACGCGCAUAAACGCGUCACUUCCGGUUGCGAAGCGACAGCUAACAGCGUGAAGAUAUGUCGGACAACACAUUGACAGUGACAGUUGCUUAUGGCACGACCAAACACAGCAUCACUUUAACAGCACAAGAUGGACACGAACCAUCAUUAAAGGAUUUGUCCGAUGCUCUGACAGAGGCCACGGGAGUACCAACACCAUCCCAGAAAAUUAUAUUUAAAGGAAAAUCAUUGAAAGAGAUGGAGGAAUCUUUGUCCAGCUUUGGAGUAAAACAGGGCUGUAAACUAAUGAUGAUCGGAAAGAGGAACAGUCCUGAGGAGGAAGCAGAGCUUAAAAAGCUUAAAGACAUCGAAAAAUCUGUGGAACAAACAGCUAAAAAGCUUGAGAAAGUGGAUGGUGAACUUACAGGACUUAAGAAUGGUUUUCUUGCAAAGGAGUUGCAAGUCGAGGCUCUUAACAAACUGGACCACAGGGUGAAAGUGGCUGCUGAGCAGUUCAUGAAGAUCCUAGAGGAAGUAGAUGCUCUGGGCCUGCCAGAAAGCUUUGGCGAUUGCAAAACGAAGAAAAAAGGACUUGUGAAAUCCGUUCAAGGGUUCUUAGCUCAGUGUGACAAAAUUGAAGCUGGAAUAUCUGAUCACUUGGCCAAGAUUCAGACCAAAAAUUUAGCCUUAGCAGAGUGAAGCUAAAAAAAACCUGAAGACUGACAUCAGUUACUGGAGCUGCUCUGUGAGCAACCGGAGGAAAAACCUCAUCCAGAACUUUGGCACUCCAACAGUUAACCAACAACACACCCUGUGACCUACACAUGCCUGCUAUAAAAGGAAGAACAAGGCAAUUUAUAAAAUGUAAUACAAUUUUUUUCAUGUUAUGUUGAAAUUGCUUAUGGCUGUGCCAGGUUAUUUGAUGAAUCAACUGCUUGGGCCAUCCUGAAUCAUCUCCCUCUUAGUUUUGUGAUGUAGCCUCAUGUGUUUUAUAAAUGUUUAAUCCAUAGUGUUUUUCAAUUGGAAAAGAAAUGAUGGUGCUGUAAAAUGUCCUUAUAAAGGAUCUAAUUAAAUUAUAUAAUUUGUCUUGAGGUGUUAACAUUUAUUUGGCUUUUCACACUGUACACGAAACCGCUUUGUAAACGCAUACAAUAUGUAUAAAUACAUGCAAUUAUUUUGUAUUUAUAAAGUCAGACAGUUUGAUAGUUCUUUAUCAAAAAUAAAUCUCAGGUUGCCUCAAACCACCGGUGGUUGUCUCCUAAGAUGUUUUUGAAGGAAAUAAAAUAUUUGAAGACAUUUUUUCAUCUUGCAUCAUUCCAGCAAUGUAACCAUUCAUCGUCUGUGGUGGUUUGCCUUACACCGGAUGUGACCGGCACAAAAAAAAAGAUAUUAGAAACACAUUAGAACCCGUUUUAAUUAAAAAAUGUAUCCCCACUGGAUGUGGUUCAUCCGUGUGGUGUUA